CAACAUUUCAGAUUUUUGUGACUUUACCAUUCAUAAAUUUAUACUAAAUAUGAUUGCUCGCUUUCAUAGCCUUCAUGGUGACAUACACUGAUAUAGUUCCUCGUUCUGGAAUAUGUAUUUGGUAAGUCCGUAACUGCUUAUAGUAGAAAUCGGAUAAAGGAAAUUAUAGACGUCUUAAAUGAAUAAUAAUGUAAGUAAUGUAUUGACGAUAAUUUAUACACCCUGUUGAACCAUUAACUUGAAACGAAAAGAAAGUCAAGUCUAUAACUACAUUGAUUUAUCAUGCAUGCGAGGAUAUAUGCUAUUGAUCUUCAGUCCAUCACUUGCCCUCAGUCACGUAUACGUUGUCUUGUAAUAGUGUCAUGAUUGUCAACAUUUGUGACGAAUUUAAUAAUAAUACCUUUUGACCUCCUGGCAAGUAAAACAACUUUCAUUUAGAAGCUACUAAGUGUUUUUGUUCAUUCAGAACAGAUUCAUAUCAAACGCGCUAUAUAAUAGUUAUAUUAUGAAUUUAAUUAUUCUCGCGAUCGUACACGAUUUAAAACAUAAUUCCGCUAUAAUACGGAUUUCCAUUAUUCCAUUAGUGAUGUGGAAGGAGACUUUUCCACUGGAAGAAGACUUUCCUCGUCGAGCAGGAGGAGUCACGCAGACCCAACACAUACAAGGUAAGUGAACCUUCACUUCGAUGGUUUUAAUCUUUAAUCUCUAAUUAAAAUUCUUUAUACACGGUAGCCUUUCAGUAUAUAUUUACAGUCUGAUUAUUCCAAACGGCCGUAUUAAUUACACUGGCCUGUAGGCCAAGUGUCUUAAAUCCCUCUUUUUCUGUUUUCGACGAGAAAUGGAGUUUGCGUUAGGUCAUCGCAGGCUCAGGGUGCAACGUGCUCCAGUGACAUAUUCAGUUCAGUUUCAAAAUGGCGGCUUUUCAUUGAGCGAUCUAAUAUAUAUUUCACACAGUUUCGUUGAAUUUUCAAAGAAUUGUGCCGGUUUCCUAUGGAUUUUAAGGUGUUUCACACUCUGGCCUUUCUUGCGUGUUGAAUUAGUGUGUUUUUCUUUGUGUAACGACUCGAAAACCCUCAAAUUUGGACCCAGCGAAUUUAUACAAUAUAGUGGAGUAAACAAGGACAAGUUAAAGGUUUGACAGUUUGACUUUUUAAUUAACAAGUAUAAAUAUACGUUGUAGGCUCAUAAACAUGCGUCUUGUAUUUAUUUGCAUAAUUAUAAAUUUGCACCUACUUACAUUAAUUUGCGCCAAAUUACUUUCUAUUUCAUCAUAUAUUACUAUAAAACGCAUGUUUUCGAUUGUAUUCAGCGAGGUGGCGUUGCUUGCGGCGAAUUGAAACGUGAUACGGUUCGAUUACAGUGGGCCUGGCUUGUCAGGUUGAGUUGCCCGUAGCCGGAGGAUACGUCUGAGCCCGGCGUCUGGUAUAUUAUGGUUGAUAGUUGCUGAUCAAUGAUUGUAUUUAUUGGUUGUAUUUAUAUGAUCCAGUAUCCCUAUGAUCCUGUAUCCCUAUCUACUUCUCUACUACACAUUACACCAAGUACCAAGAAAGUUGCCAUUUUCAGGCUAGUGUGAACGCCUGAGCAGGCGUCUUGUUACAAUAUUAAAAAUUAAGUACGCUGAGCGUACAUGCGUCCGCUUUUACUUUAGUUUGUCAUUGCCAGCUCUUGAUAACGAGCACAGCUUCUUAUUUUUUGUGAUGUAUAUCACCAUACAGGUGCACUUUUUUGGGUACGUAUACCUAAAACGUCAUUCCAUACCCAGGGCCGUCGAGAACGUGGGCAAGAGAGAGGCACUUUGAUCCGUGUCCCCAGCUCAAAAGGGCCCCUCAAAACGAGGAAGGCCCAGAAAUAUAUAUCCUAGCUGCGUUGGUAUACUAUAAUAUGUAAUAAGGUGUAAUGCCGGUUUCCCAAUUGUCUUUGGUCUUUCAACUGAAACGAUCUAGAACUACAGUAAUUGGAUAAACUAACAAAAGAAAAAUUCGCUUAGUUCGAAAAUAAUCGCAAGUACAUGGAAAACGGGCUUAAUAUUACGUAAAACACCGAUUCUGUCCUUGGGGGACACCCUUGGAAAUUUUGCCCCGGGCCCCGCACAAUUUCUCGGUGGCACUGUCCACACUCUGAUCCUAUCCCGCUGAACCUAACCGGAGCAUUGGUUCCCUCACCCAACCGGUGGACGGCUGAUAAUGAGACUGACUCGGCGACAGAAGGCGACCGGCGACACUAAUGAAAACCAGCCUUAUCAACCAACAAGAAUAUCUCCCCUUACGAACAUGUUUAAUACUAAACUCGCAUACACACAAAUUAUGCUUUAUAAUGUAAGCAAACUAUAUAACAAAUUACGCUCGUUAGGUAUUAUAUUAAAUGAUUUUAUGAAAAGGUAUUGCCAUAACCGCCGUUUGGUUCAUAAAUUAAAGUCGCGAGAGAAAUUUCUAAUCUUCCACGUUGGACAGAAAUUGUUAUCUUUUGUUAGUUCAUAAUUUGUAUCAGACACUCUAAGUCGAUUCUUACAGUAAUAUAGCUAUGAAAUUUAACAAAUAUGAAACACAAUGCUGCAUUGAUUUCUUCUUUUAGAUAGUUCUCCGCGUGGGCAAUAUAGAAAACCAAAUGAAGACUUUCAUCUUUCAGCAGAACGAACAAGGGAAUUGUCUUAUUCGUGUGGAGAUCUUCCCCUCAUACUAGGUAUAAGAGACUUUCCGCACUAAGAUGGUCAUAAAUUUACGACAGGAAUUUCCAAAUCUUCCAGUUUGGCAGGUGUUUCCAGCUCAUUGGUUUGUUAAAUCUGUAUCAGACACUCGUACUUGUUUCUCAUAUAGUGAUGUAACAAAUUAAACAAAUAUUAAACAUAAUGUUGGUUUGAUUUCUUCCUUUAGAAAAUUAUCCGUUUAGGGCAUACAGGUCACGAAAUGAAGAUUUUGAUCAUUCAGCCGAAAGAACCAGAGCACUUUCCUCUUCGAGUGCAAAUAUUUUCGCCAGACUAGAUA